AUGUUGUCUAAGCAAGAAUCGGAACCUGAAUACUUCAAGGAUGAGAUUAUCAGAGGCAUCAUGCUGGUUUUACUAUCUGCUGGAACCAACAUUUCAGCAGGGACCAUGGAAUGGGCAAUGUCGCUAUUGCUGAACCACCCAAAAGUCCUAAAGAAGGUCCAAGCUGAGAUUGACAAUGUUGUAGGACAUGAUAGGCUAAUUGAUGAGGCAGAUUUGGCCAAGUUACCUUAUCUCCAUUGCAUUGUAAAUGAGACAAUGCGUAUGUACCCAGCAGGACCAUUACUUGUACCACACGAGUCAUCCGAGGAUUGCAUGGUGGGUGGUUUCAAAGUCCCAGGUGGCACUAUCCUACUAGUUAACAUGUGGGCCAUACAAAAUGACCCUAAAAUUUGGGAUGAGCCAAGGAGUUUCAAGCCAGAGAGAUUUGAAGGGUUUGAAGGGGUUAGAGAUGGGUUCAAGUUUGUGCCUUUUGGGUUAGGGAGGAGAGGGUUUCCUGAUGAAGGGUUAGUCGUGCGUGUUGUAGGCUUGGCUUUGGGUUCGUUGUUACAGUGCUUUGGGUGGGAUAGGAUUGGUGAAGAAAUGGUGGACAUGAGUGAAGGGAGUGGGCUCACCUUGCCCAAGGCUCAGUCAUUGUUCGCUAAUUGUCGCCGACGUCUAGCUAUGGCUAAUCUUCUUUCUCAUAUCUGA